AUGAAGUUUGCUCUAAUUGCACUUGCAAUAGCCUUUGCAAACACGCCCGGCAACUAUAGGAUGGCUCGCAAAUGCGGAGGGGAGUCCCAAGUGCAGCUUCACCCCUGUGGGGCACUGACACGGCUACCGCGCAGAGCAACUGGCCCGGCGACGAGGGGCGACAGGUCAGACUAUGAGAGGUUCCUUGACUGCCUCAUCCGGAACGUCAAGGCGAGUGGCAUGAUUCCCGGUCUCAAGGUCGAUGUUUGGAACGAACCAAACCUUGACUGCUUCUGGAAGCGCUCCCUGGACCGGUGGCUGGAACUGUGGAUACGAACGGUUCGCAAGUUCCGCUCCGACCCCGAGCUGAAGCCGUCUCCCCAUGAUCGGGCCCCUCCCUCGCCGGGACUCCAUCCCCACGACACCCCUGGUGGUGCGAGUAUGGUGUACCGCACCGGGGAUUGUGAUGUCCAAGUGCGCAAUCUGGACAAGGCCGGCUUCCCCGGCAGCGGAAGCGUCACUAUCCAGAUCUGGGGCUUUGAUGAUACUGGGGCGCGGGGUCAGUCUGAUGGGCCUAGUGACCAUGGUCAAUCUAGACACAACUAUAGCGGCGGCCUGCUGAGGAUUCCGAUUUCCCAGACGGCUGAGGAUCGUACCACUGCCUGGGUUUUUGAGUUGUGGAGGUGA